UUCACCAAUCCUCGACCAGUUGAUAUUCUUUGGACAUCUUCUUACUGCUUCUUGGUCGGUGUUGAAGAUUCAGAUCUUUCCAAGGGCAUCCAGUUGGUCUUUGUUGCGGCUUUGGCUGAAACGCGACUGAACAGACUGCCGGAUUUCACCAGUCUCGUCGACUCUCACCAUCGGUACCACCUCCGACUGAUACCUAAUUCCGCCAGCUUAGUGGCAGUUACUUGGUCACAGGAUGCUGAUGAGUGCUUCCUUCUGGAAGUUCCAUCCAUAUCUUCUGCAGCUAAUAGUCCCCCGCCUGAUAGUGUCCCCCGAUUACUCAAGUCCCUUCCUCUUCCCACGGAUGGUUCUCCAAUUGCCAUGGAUAUCGGUGCUCUCAUCCAUACCCCUGAUCCUAUCCCUAUGAUAUUGGGGCUCUUGAAUAAUGGGGCGAUGUUCGCUUUCAAGGUAUGCCCUCCCGCGGGUGGAGAUCAACCACAAAGUCCAAUAAGUGGAGCUUUCGCCGGAUUCAAACUCUGGUGCGCAUCGGCUGACAGCCCUCCCCACUUGCCUUCCGUUUUUAAGUUGGGGAAGAACUCAGUAGGCUGUGAACUAAUUAGAUUGGGAAGAGUAAAGUUUCCAAUUCUUUUCUCUCUCUCUCUCUCUCUUUCUCUCUCUCCCUCCCUCCCUCCCUCCCUCUACUCUCUACUCUGGAAUUUGAUGAUUCCUCUGAAACUCGGCAUUCUUUCCUUUUUUUCAAUAGCAGCACAACAACUGCUCUCUGCUUUGAACUUAAUCCGGUGUUUUUUUUCCAUUUUCUUUCCAGAUGGAUCUGUUAAUAAUAACCGGCCUUCUUCUCAUGAAACGAAGUCAGGUGAGUUUGGUGCUGUGAUAGUUACAUGCCUCUGUGAUUGCAUGAAUUUUCUGGAUGUUGAAAACUUCGAGCAAUCUAUUUUCAAAAAAGAUGCCAAUAAUUAAUGAAAUUAGAUUUACCUAACCUUUUUUAUUAAUAGACGGAAUGGCUUUUGGUUCUACGCCAUCUAAUCCAGGCGUUUCACUUGAUUCCCCUUUCGGCAAACCAACAAAUCAGGGUAUGUGUCUAAUCUACUCACAAAUUUGUGAUUCCUCUGCAGGACCGCCAGGAGCUGCUGUUUCUGCGACAUCUGGUCAGCCCUCUGGAUUUUCAUUCGGCAAGCCUGUCGUUAAUGGUAUGUUGGCCUAUUGCUCUUACCUCUUCCUUGAAAAGUCAAGUUCUCUACCCCCCCCCCCCCCUCCCCCCUAUCCCAUUUGAUAGAUAAUGAGGUUUCGUCCACUCCGAGUGCUUCUGCAAUUGGCUCUCUACUGGGCAAAUCAACCAGUCCAGGUGAAUUGAACCCUCUCCAGCCCUUUUAAUCAAUUUAAGCUUUCAGUUUAAUGCUUUUUUGAUGUUCAGGUUCUCAGGCUCCAGGCUCUACCCUCUUUGGAAGUGCAGCAGCAAAAACUGGUGAGGCAACUUCCCGCCCUUUUAAAAUUGUCUAAAGCGUUUCAAUUUACUGUUGAAUGUAUACGUCAGCACCAACUGGGUCUAUUUUGGCUGGACUCCUAGGCAAUUCCGGUGAUGCUGCCAAGUCGCAAAUUCGAAAUUCCGGUUCUAGUACUGCGCCGAUCACCUCAAUUGGUGUGCCUUCUGAAAGCAACUUAGCUAAACCUAUUACCUCUGUUUCAAUACUUACCUCAAACGCUGCUUCUCCUGAUACAAUCACAUUUGGAAAUUCGAUUUGUGAUAGCUCAACUCAUUCUGUUACUCAGAGCUGUAGUACCCCUUUAAUAAGCAAUUCGCCUAAAACUGAAGCAUUAAAACAAACAGCUUCAAAUGUUCAGACACCUGGCACAGUUACUGGACAAACGUCCAAUGAGCCGUCUCAAUUGGCUCAGUCCAUAAUCGAUGCCGCAAAUCAAUUUUCGAAGGCGCUAAAAUCGCAGGCUGAAAUUUCUGCCUCUGCGUGGAGCCAUAUUCACAGCGUCUUUGAUGGCCAUUCCACCAAUGCUCAAGCGUCAUCGAGUGAAAAUGCUGCUCGACGAAGUGUGUGGGAUAUUGAACAAAGUCUCAGCAAUAUGGACAACUUCCUUCGCGUUAUUGAUGAAAUUGCGAGUCAACUAGGGAAAGCGACUCAAAUUUCUGUUAAUGAACAGAAGGCGUCUUCAGAUUACCUCGAUAAGUUGAAUGCUGAUUUUGAUGUGUUCAAUCGACGAAAGGGUGAAAUGCAUCGCGAAUUAAUGACUGCUGGCCUUGACCCCGAGGCCGCGAAUAUUCUCUCCUCUCUGAAACGCAAGUCUCGUGCAGCAGAGAGCUGUCUGGCUGAACUUGAAGAUCAAGUUGAGAGCUUGACAGCGAAGCUGGAGUCGAGUUAUGAGCGUUCUAAUCGCCUAUCUGCACGUGGUAGACCUAGUCUACAACUCUCUGAUGUCGGAAGUGCUUUGGAUAAGAUUCAAGCGACUGUUGCCACCAAUGCACGUCUUAUUAAACACGAACGCUCUCGUCUUGAACUAAUAUCUAGAAUGGCGGGAAUAUCUCUAAACGAUUCGUCUUCCAACAAACCUAGUAAUACCUCUCAACUUUCUCUCGGUGGAUCUGCGAUUUCUUUAGAUAGGGAACAACGCGAUGCUAUGCUUUAUCGCCUACUCUGUUUUGGAGACGUCAAAUCCAAGGGUAAGGAGACGAAAAAGAAAACCAACCCGAUAACUGACCAACGGAUUCCUGUUGUUAAGGCUUCAUCGACUAUUUCUGAUGUUCUCGCGUCGAUACGUCUGAUGGGGGAGGCAGAAACGAAGACUCCAGUUCAGUCAACUCCGAAGGCGCCCUCCAUGAAUAAGUCAGGGGACAAAAGUGUCUCAGUACUAGCAUCAUCACCGGCUGCCAAUAAGUCAACCUCAUCUGCAUCGAAGCAGCUCGGAGUGCAUCAAAUACCGCCUCUUCUGGGGGACUUUUCGGUAGCCCGAAGCCUGCAGAUGGCACUGCAACGCCUAUAUCAGGAGGUCUGUUCGGCUCAUGUUCAACGCCAUCUGCUACUACAACGUCUUCUGUAGCACUGCAUUCAACCUCAAACGUCACCAACCUUUUUGCCAUGUCCAACUUCGGUCUUGGGUCAACUCCAACAACCAAUAGUGGUUCGUCGUCUAGUAUCUUUGCGAAACCUGCCUCACCUUCAACUGGUCAAACACAAGGUCUGUUUGGUUUCUCCUCGAGCGCUACCGACAGCACGACGAACAAACCAGUCGGUCUUUUUGGUACUCCAACGCUAGGCGCUGUCUCGACUGCCGGUAGUGGUGGAGGUUUAUUUGGCAGCUCCCCUGCAGCCACGAAUCCUACAGGAGGAAGUGGUGGGAGUCUUUUCGGUGGAGGCAGUUCCUCUGGUAGCGUCGGUGGAGGAGGAGGUCUUUUUGGUACUACAGCAGGAUCGACUGGAGGUUCUCUAUUUGGCGCAGCACCUGCUUUUGGAGCUAGCCCCAACCAGGCUUCUAGUCCAACCUCCAUUAGUAGUGGCGGUGGUCUUUUCUCUUCAAACGCUGGUGGGGGGCUGUUUGGGUCCUCUGGAAACACUACAACGGGGAGUCUGUUUGGCGCCGCGCCGAGCUUCGGAGCACCUGCGGUUUUUGGCACGGGCGCUGCUUUAGUCGGGGCAGCCGGGGCUGGUAUGAGUCAGUCUGGGUCUGCGACCACGACAGCCGGGGCUGGAGGUCUUUUCGCUUCACUUGGCAGUACCUCCGGAGGACCAACAUUUGGAGGUCUUGCUACCUCCCCACAGACUCCUCCCGCUCCUCUUUUCGGUUCAAGUCCCUCAUUCACACAACGUCGAGCCUAAUUCGGUGGUUUCAGCUUGCCACAUGAUUCCUCCAUAUACGAAUUUACAUAUAACACCUACAAUCCUGUAA